UGGUAAUCUUUCGUUUCUCAUGUCACUUAAUCUCUCUGAUAACUCUUUUGGUGGAACCAUUUCUCAUGAGGUGGGAAAUUUGUUUAGACUUCGAUACUUGAGUUUGAGCUUGAAUUUUCUUGAAGGAGAGCUUCCAUCCGGUUUAUUUAAUUGCUCUAGAUUGUUGAAACUUAAUUUACAGUCAAACCAUUUUGUACAAGAUAUUCCAUCAGAGCUAGGAUGAUUGACGAAGCUUGUUGUUUUAAAUCUUGGCAAAAAUAACUUGAAAGGGAAGCUCCCUGCAUCUAUCGGAAACUUAACAUCCCUCAAAAGUCUUAGCUUGGGAUAUGCAAGGAGAAAUUCCAGAUGAUAUAGCUAGACUGAGUCAAAUGGUUAUUAUUUCGUUAUCAAAUAAUAAUUUCUCAGGAGAUUUCCCUUUCCAUUAUGUCUACAAUUGGUCCUCACUUGAGGUAUUAUCCAUCUCUGCUAAUGGUUUAUCUGGUAGCUUGAGGCCUGAUCUUGGUAAUAUUUUACCAAAGAUCCGAACGUUAUUCCUGGGAAGUAAUUAUUUCACUGGAGUAAUUCCGGCAACACUUUCUAAUAUCUCGAGUCUUGAAGCGUUGGCAAUUGAGAACAACGAGUUGAUAGGAAGUAUUCCUUGGAGCUUUGGAAAUAUACAGAAUUUGCAAAUUAUGGCACUUAAUGGCAAUUCUUUGGGAAGUUACUCUUCUGGAGAUCUUGAUUUUCUUGAUGCCUUAACUAACUGCACCCAACUAGUGAGCAUAAAUGUUGCUCGUAAUCGGCUCGGGGGUCCUUUACCAGCCUCCAUCACCAAUCUGUCCAGAGACCUCUCUGAUCUACAGCUUGGGAAAAAUUUCAUAUCUGGAAGCAUUCCUGAUGACAUUGGUAAUCUCAUUGGUCUACAAUCACUUGGGUUGCAAGAGAAUAUGCUGACCGGGUCACUCCCAGAAUCUCUUGGGAAGCUUUCUGGUUUGGGGGAAUUAUAUUUGUAUUCAAAUAGAAUGUCAGGACAGAUACCAUUCUCCAUUGCUAACAUCACUAUGUUAGCAGAACUAUAUUUGAGCAACAACAGCUUUGACGGAAUGGUUCCUUCAAGUCUCGGUAAUUGUAGUCAGAUGCUAUAUUUAUAUUUAGGAUUUAACAAGUUGACUGGUAUUAUACCUUGGGAAAUUAUGCAAAUCCCCUCCCUUAUCCAUCUAGUCCUGGAAAGUAAUUUGUUUACUGGCUCUCUGCCAAAAGAUGUUGGGCGACUACAAAACCUUGUUUUACUAACACUUGGGAAUAAUAAAUUAUCAGGACAGCUCCCACAAACUUUGGGGAAUUGUCUCUCGAUGAAAGAUAUUUGGCUGCAAGGGAAUUCUUUUGGUGGAUCCAUUCCAGAUAUAAGUGGAUUUCUGGGUGUUGAGAGCGUUGAUUUGUCAAACAACAAUCUCUAUGGGAGUAUACCUAGAUACUUUGCCAACUUUUCCUCGUUGAAGUUGCUGAAUCUAUCCAUCAACAACUUUGAAGGAUAUGUGCCAAUAGAAGGAGUAUUUCAAAAUGCUUCUACAGUCUUGGUAUUUGGGAACAAAAACCUAUGUGGAGGCAUAAGGGAGUUGCAACUAAAGCCAUGUCUAGUCGAAACACCUCCACAUCAUCCAUCUCUUUUGAAGAAAGUUGUGAUCGGGGUCAGCCUAGGCAUAUCUUUUCUUUUGCUAUUAUUGUUCAUAGCUUCUCUACGUUGGUAUAGAAAAAGAAAGAAUGACCAUCUUACCAAUAAUCAAACUACUUUGACAUUGGGGCCCUUCCAUGAAAAGAUAAGUUAUGGAGAUAUACGAAAUGCGACUGAUGGCUUCUCUUCGAGCAACUUGAUCGGUUCUGGAAGUUUUGGCACCGUGUUUAAAGCAUUGUUACCGGGCGAGAGCAAUAUCGUUGCAGUGAAAGUUCUAAACAUGCAAAGACGUGGAGCGAUGAAGAGCUUUAUGGCAGAAUGUGAAUCUUUGAAGGACACAAGGCAUCGUAAUCUUGUGAGACUAUUGACAGCUUGUUCUAGUAUUGAUUUUCAAGGAAACGAAUUCAAGGCUCUAAUCUAUGAGUUCAUGCCUAGUGGAAGUUUAGAUGUGUGGCUGCACCCAGAGGAAGUGGAAGAGGUUCAUAGGCCAUUAAGAACCUUAACACUUCUAGAAAGGCUUAACAUAGUGAUAGAUGUGGCUUCUGUUUUGGAUUAUCUUCAUGUUCAAUGCCAUGAACCUAUAGCUCAUUGCGAUCUUAAGCCAAGCAAUGUCCUCCUAGACAGUGAUUUAACUGCCCAUGUCAGCGACUUUGGUCUCGCUCGACUCCUCCUGAAAUUCGAUGAGGAGUCCUUUUUCAACCAGCUAAGCUCAUCUGGCGUCAGAGGAACCAUCGGCUAUGCUGCACCAGAAUAUGGAAUGGGAGGACAGCCAUCAAUACAUGGUGAUGUGUAUAGCUUUGGGGUUCUUCUUUUGGAAGUGUUCACUGGAAAAAGGCCAACCGAUGAGUUAUUUGGAGGAAACUUUACCCUACACAAUUACACCAAGUCGUCAUUGCCAGAGAGAGUAUUGGAAAUUGCAGAUAAAUCAAUUUAUCACAACGGUCUGAGAGUUGGUUUUCCUAUUUCUGAGUGCUUGACAUUGGUUUUGGAUGUGGGACUUAGGUGCUGUGAAGACUCUCCAAGUAACCGGCUGGCAAUGAGUGAAGCCGUGAAGGAGCUAAUCUCAGUCCGGGAAAAGUUCUUUAAAUCUAGAAGAACAGCCAGAAGUUGAAGUAUUUAAAGCUCACUUAAAAAGCUUACUCUGAGGCUUGUAUAAUCGGACGUUUCUCUCUAUUAAACAUAGCUAAAAAAAAAGAUUGCAAAAUAUUGUUAAUUUGAGUGUGUUAUUUUGCAGACAAUAAAUUGUUGUCGUGUUAUCAGCUUAAGUUGUUAUACAAUUGGGAAACGUAAGAGAAUCUUACAUAAUACCAUAAUACGUUUGAAGUUUCA